AUGGCACGGGAAACUUCAAAGUCGUUGGCUUCAGACUCCGGUCUGGAAAAGGAGCUCACCGAGGACAUACCACACCGCGCUUCGUCAAUCUCGUCCGAUUCCUCAGUUUCGUCCGACGACGCUUCUGCCCGCCGCCGCGAAUCCUUGCAAAUCACCCAAAUCGGCGGCGACCUUGGCCUGAGGGCCACCGUCUCGAGAACCAGCGUCAAAAGUGAAGGCGCCCUGAGUCGUAUGAGAACAGGCGUUUCCAUUGCAACCAAUGCGACCUCUGACCCGGCUUUCGAGGUCGACUGGGAUCCAAAUGGAGACGAGGGGAAUCCCAAAGAGUGGUCGCUAUGGUAUCGAUCCUGCAUCAUUGCCAUCGUGUCUUUCUCUACCACUUCUGUCGUAAUGUAUUCCACCUCAUACUCGGCCGGCAUUCCAGGUAUGAUGGAAUCGUUCGGCAUCACGAACAAGACGCUCCUCGUCCUCGGAAUCACCACCUACCUCCUCGGCCUUGCCAUUGGCUCCGUCAUCCUUGCCCCGCUUUCAGAAAUGUACGGCCGCCGGCCCAUCUACCUCAUCAGCCUGGUCAUGUUCACCAUCCUCGUCAUCCCGUGCGCCUUGGCCCGCAACCUCGAAGCCGUCUUGCUCACGAGGUUCUUCGGAGCCCUGGCUGGCUCGGCCAUGAUCAGCAAUGCGCCUGGGACGGUUGGCGAUAUCGUCUCGGAUGAAUACCGCGCAUUGGCCUUCAGCAUCUGGAGCAUUGGGCCCAUGAACGGUCCCGUGAUAGGGCCCGUCAUGGGUGGUUUCGUGUUCCAGUACCUCGGUUGGCGCUGGACCAACUGGGUCGUCAUGUGCUGCUCCGGCGCAAGCUUAGUCCUCAUGCUCUUCGUCAGGGAGACAUACGCCCCAACCCUCCUCCGCAACCGCGCCGCCAGGACGAGGGAGGAGACGGGCAACCCGCGGUGGUGGUGCCGGUACGACGACAAGACCGCCUUCUGGCCGCUGCUCAAGACGAACCUAUCCCGGCCGUUCGUGAUGGCCGUGACCGAGCCCAUCUGCAUAUUCUGGAACCUCUACAUCGCCAUCGUCUACGCCAUCCUCUACCUCUGCUUCGUCGCCUACCCCAUCAUCUUCACCGACCUCCGCGGCUGGACCCCCGGCGCCACCGGCCUCGCCUACGUCGGCAUCGGCCUCGGCGGCCUCCUCACCAUCUUCUCCGAGCCCCUCCUCCGCCGCUACAUCAUCAACGCGCACCCGCCCGACCCGCUCACCGGCGCCCGCCCCCCGGAAGCCUCCGUCGCCGUCGUCUGCGUCGCCGCGCUGCUCAUCCCCCUGGGCGAGCUGUGGUUCGCGUGGACGUGCCGGCCGCCGACGAGCGCCUUCGCCGCCGUCGCCGCGGGCGUGCCCUUCGGCGCGGGCAACUGCGCCGUCUUCAUCUACGCCACCAGCUACCUCGCCGGCUGCUACGGCGUCUUCGCGGCGUCGGCCAUCGCGGGCAACAGCGUGCUGCGCUCCGCCGUCGGCGGGACGCUGCCGCUCGCGGGGCCGGCGCUGUAUGCCGCGUUGGGCCCGCAGUGGGCGGGGACGCUGCUGGGCGUGUUGGAGCUGUGCAUCGCGCCGAUUCCGUUUGUGUUUUAUAGGUAUGGCGGGAGGAUUAGGGAGAGGAGUCGGUUGAUUGGGGAGAUGGAGAGGGAUAGGGCGAGGUUGGAGGGGAAGAAGACGGCGGCGGCGGGGAGGGGAGGUGGUGUGCUGGGGAGGAUGGAGGAGGGGGCGGCGAGGACGACGACAAGGAGGAGUAUGGAUGAGGUGGAGGAGGAGAAGGUGGGGGUUGAGGAGGCGGAGGAUUUGGAGAAGGGUGGUGGGAAGGUGGUGUUGGGUGGGGUGAGGGAGUCGGAGGUGUGA